GAGGGUCUCGCGCCCGUGAUCCCACCGCUUCCCGGCGGGAUGGAGCUGGCCGAGCUGGAGUUGCUCAUGGAGGAGGCCUUCACGGAGGAGGAGGAGCAGGAGGAGCAGGGGACGACGCCCCCGGACCGCCGGCAGUUUCAGAAGAAGGCAGCAGUUUCCUUUCCUGAUCUAGUUCUCAGGCAAGGUGUGAACAACCGAUACCGGGUUGUAGCUGUGAAAGUCAUACAGACCGAGAGUGGGACCAGUGAAAAACAUCUGACAAUCACAGCUUCACAUUCACGGUCUUUGGAACAUAAAGAACUGUGCAUCCUGAGGAACGAUUGGGACUCUGUUUCCGUAGAACCAGGUGACAUCAUUCAUUUGGAAGGAGAGUGCAGGUCUGGCAUCUGGGUCAUAAAUGGAGAUUCUGGAUAUUUGAUCUUGUACCCGGACUUGCUGCUUUCUGGUACGAGCAUAGCCAGUAGUAUUCGGUGUAUGCGAAGAGCAGUUCUGAGUGAAAACUUUAAGAGCAGCAAUUCAGGGUCACGCCAAAUGCUUAUCGGUACGCUCCUUCACGAAAUAUUCCAGCGAGCAAUAACUGAUCGUUUUGCCCAAGAGAAGCUUCGAGGAUUUGUCGUCCAGACUCUCCAGGAACCCAAGCACCUGAAGGAAAUGUAUCGCUUAAAUAUGAACCAAGCUGAAAUAAAGGAAGAAAUUGAAGAAUACCUCCCAUCAUUUUCUAAAUGGGCUGAAAAUUUCAUGAACAAGUCUUCCCCAGCCAACCUACCCAACAUACAGCUAUCUUUGCCAAGUCCUGGAAACAAGGAUGCAUCAGAUUGUAGUAUUGAAGUGACUGAAUCUCUGGAUAUUGAAGAAAAUAUUUGGUCUCCAAGAUUUGGUUUGAAGGGCAAAAUCGACGUCACUGUUGGUGUGAAGAUACAUCGUCGAUGUAAAGUGGAUUAUAAAAUAAUGCCUCUGGAACUUAAAACUGGGAAGGAAUCGAACUCCAUAGAACAUAGAAGUCAGGUUGUCCUGUACACGCUGUUAAGCCAGGAAAGAAGAGAAGAUCCCGAAGCCGGAUUUCUCCUCUACCUCAGAACGGGUAAUAUGUAUCCUGUUUUGGCCAACCAUCUAGACAAAAGAGAGUUACUGAAGCUAAGAAACCAGUUGGCAUUCCAUUUGUUCCACAGUGUUAACAAAUCUGCUGUUGGAAAAGAGCCGACCCAACUCUCACUUUUGCCACCGAUGAUCAGUGACAGUCAAACUUGUCAAUAUUGCUCGCAAAUGCACAACUGUGCUCUUUAUAGCAGAGCAGUUGAACAACAGGUGGAUAAAAGUUUCGUUCCUGUUACCAUGUUACCCAAAAUAGAGAAAGAGACGCAGCAUCUGAAACUUUCACAUUUACGGUAUUUUAGCCUUUGGUACCUGAUGCUAACUUUGGAGUCACAAGCGAAGGAUGGCAGAAAAGGUCGCAGAAAUAUAUGGCUCCUGCCUUCUUCCGAAAGAGAGAAGACUGGAGAUUGCAUCGGAAACCUCGUCAGAACUGAGCAAGUACAGGCCGUGUGUGAAGGCCAGCAUGUGCAUCGUUUCCAGCGUAAAAAUGGCACCCUGCCUAAAACAAACCUGAUGGUCGGAGACAAAGUUGUUCUAAGUGGAGAAGAGACAGCACUCCUUGCUUUAUCUAGUGGAUUCAUCAAGAAGAUUGACCUGACAAGUGUUACUUGUAUAUUAGACAGGAACUUAUCAAAGCUCCCAGCGGACACUUUGUUUAGACUGGAUCAUGAAGAAGGAACUGGCGGGAUAGAAACUCCACUGGGAAACCUUUCUAAGUUGAUGGAAAACUCUACUGCUAGUGAAAAGCUUCGUGAUUUAAUAAUUGAUUUUCGUGAACCACAGUUCGUUCAGUAUUUGAGUUCUGUACUUCCUCCUGAAGCAAAAGACAGAGUUGCUACUAUUUUAAAAGGUCUGAAUAAGCCUCAAAGGCAAGCAAUGAAACACGUGCUGCUUUCAAAAGACUACACGCUCAUUGUGGGCAUGCCUGGAACAGGGAAAACUACUACAAUAUGUGCUCUGGUAAGGAUUCUUUAUGCCUGUGGCUUCAGUGUUUUACUGACAAGUUACACACACUCCGCUGUUGACAACAUCCUUUUAAAAUUAGCCAAAUUUAAAGUUGGAUUUCUGCGCUUGGGAAGAGCUCAGAAGGUUCACCCAGACAUCCAGAAAUUUACAGAGGAAGAGAUUUGUAGAUCGAAAUCAAUUCAAUCUCUAGCUAGUCUGGAGGAGCUCUAUAAUAGUCAACCUGUAGUCGCCACAACGUGCAUGGGAGUAAACCAUCCUCUCUUCACCCGGAAACGGUUUGAUUUCUGCAUCGUGGAUGAGGCAUCACAAAUCAGCCAACCCAUCUGUCUGGGCCCCCUCUUCUUUUCUGCGAGGUUCGUGUUAGUGGGAGACCAUCAACAGCUUCCUCCGCUUGUGCUGAACAGUGAAGCCAGAGACCUUGGCAUGAGUGAAAGUUUGUUUAAGAGGUUGGAGCAGAACAAGAAGGCUGUCGUGCAGUUAACUGUGCAGUACAGAAUGAACAGUAAAAUUAUGUCCCUAAGUAAUAAACUGGUGUAUGAGGGCAAGCUGGAGUGUGGAUCAGAGAAAGUGGCCAAAGCCGUCGUUACCCUACCGAAGUUUCAAGAUGUAAAGCUGAACCUGGAACUCUAUGCGGAUUAUUCCGAAACCUUAUGGUUGAAAGGCGUCUUUGAGCCAAACAACUCUGUCUGUUUUCUUAACACGGAGAAGAUUCCAGCACCAGAGCAAGCCGAAAAAGGCGGCGUCAGUAAUCUCGCGGAAGCCAAACUCGUCGUUUUCCUGACUUCCAUUUUUCUGAAGGCUGGAUGCAAACCCUCAGACAUUGGAAUCAUAGCUCCGUACAGGCAGCAGUUGAAGAUCAUCACUGAUUUGUUGAUGUGCUCCUCCGAUGCGAUGGUGGAAGUAAAUACCGUGGACAAAUACCAAGGAAGAGACAAAAGUAUCAUCCUGGUGUCUUUUGUUAGAAACAAUAAGGAUGGAACUCUUGGUGAUCUGUUGAAGGAUUGGAGGCGCCUCAAUGUUGCCAUCACAAGAGCCAAACACAAACUCAUCCUGCUGGGUUGUGUGCCUUCUCUGAACCGCUACCCUCCUCUGGAGAAGUUGCUUUGUCAUUUACGGACAGAACAAAUGAUUUUUGAUCUCCCGUCAGGAGCACAUGAAAGUGUUUCCCAGUGGAACCUUUGAAGAUGAAGAACUUCAACUACGACUUUAUUUCAGAUAGCUUUGAUUUGUUUUUUCUUUUUUUCCCCGCAAGAUAUUGUAUUUAUAGGUGACUAGAUAAACGUCCUGUCUCCUACGGUAGAGACAGUAACCUAGAUUCCACUGUCUCCUGGAAUCUAGGGAGGUAAAGGGCAUUUUGUGGUCUCUUAAUGGCCAGAAAGAGAAACGUUCCUUCUGAAACUCUGAAUGACUUAAGCCCAACGAGGAUUUGGUUCAAAAAUACCUUUUUAUAUACUACAAUCAGCACUUUUGAGGAUAGUGCUAGUAUUCUGUAGUCCCGUUUUGAUAAGAACCGUCGCUCCCAAUCCUGUGAAAUAUUCUGAACUCAUUGAGUACCUAAAUAGAUUCACUUCUUAUUGGUACUGAGAAUUUUAAGGGAAACUUGAGGUGAAGGGGAAAUGAAUAAUUUUGUUUAUUCCAAAGGCUGGUAAAUAGAAUAGCUUUCCUCCUCUUUAAGGUAACAUUUCUGUAGCAACAGGACCUAGAUGAGUGGUUCUUUUCUCCUUAAUCUCAAUUCCUUUUUUUUAAAGGAGCAGGAAACCCCACCACACUAAUUUUUGAUAAUCAUCCUAGCUGCUAAUAGUGUGUCGAUAGUGCCACCAUCUGUGUUUUGUUUAUGAAAACAUGCAGUGAAAAGCAGAAUUUCCUUCAGUGUGUUUUAAGGUAUGUAAAUAUGUGAUUUCUAGGUUUUAACAUCAAACUUUGGGAAAAUAUCUGGCAUAUUUCUCAUUGGCGUUAUUUUCUUAUGCAUUUGUACCUAAUUAUUGUCUACCUCAACACUGGGUUUUGUAAUUUUGAGUGUUUGUA